AUGUCAAGCCAAGUUGGAUCCGGAGCGCAGUCCCCACCGCUCGAGGCAACAGGCCAAGAGAAGCCCAUGGGAGUGACGGGCGCAAGCGGCGCGAAGCCUGAUGCGGUGCCCGACAUUGAGCAGCGCCAACAAUACUUCCAGGGCGCAGAGACGGACAAGCAGAGCGCAGAUCAGGUCGGUUCCGGGCAGCCGGACAAGGUGAAGACAGAUUGA